AUGUGUAUAAGUGUUGCAACGGUCCAAAGGCCGUACCCUACUAGAGAGUUCCUUGACCGCGAAGACAAAUAGUGUACCUUGAUGUCCUAACUUCAGUUGGACGUUGUACCCGACGUGGGUAAUGUGUACAUAAAUGAACUGCUGACUAAUUUUACCGUCGUCACACUUAUGCAAGGCCGUGUUUUUCAUCACGUUGUCCCCUGGCCUUUGUUCGGAGACGUUGGCGCCCGUCCCUUCUUGAGAUUUUGCCAAGACGCUCACGCAGGUGUCAUUGUGCGGGCUGGCACUGCGCCAACUCCGGGGAAAGGGACGUCAUCUCCCUGUUGUUGUUGUAUUGUUGUGCGCGGUUUUGUUGCCGCCAUCAACACACUGGAAAACAAACUUUCCUCUGUUCUUGAGGUUAACCGCGGUCGGCAGGACUUGACGUACAUACCCAGCAAAGGGCAGGUCGCGUUUCAGCAAGACCGGGUCUGUUACCGGCUUUGGAAAACGGUCAACUCGUGACGGGCAAAACGAGCCGCGAAGUCCGGUUUUCUUGUUUACUGUGACUACUGUAAAGGGAAAAGAAGGUCAGGAUUCUGCCGGAUACGGAGAGAUCGCUAGUCAGACUUGAUUGUAACUCAAGUGACGCUUAAAUUCUCGUUAAAGUGAGAGAGAAAAGAAGGCCAUAAUUCCGCCGGUUAGAGACUCGGACUGUCGCCCGGUCCUACUUGACGGUCUGACUCCGACAAUAGGUCCCAAAAGAGCGCGAAGACUUUUUUUCCUGCGCAUAAGGAGGCGCCAGCAGCCUGGCGUCCGUCUCACCUCAGGUCUCACCUGGCGUCUGAGCGGGGCCAAACGUCGUCUGAUUACGUCAGGCGGGCUGGGAGGGACGAACUGAGCCGAACUCCGCGGAACAGACGAGGACAGGGCCGCGAUAUAGGACAGUCGGAGUGCAACUUUAGUGACAGACUCGGGACUUCGCAGAACGCUCUUGGUACCACCAUGAGUGGCAGUGAGGAGGACAGAGUCGCCACACUUGCUGACUGCUGCACACAACCAUCAUCAUCAUCGUCAUCACCAGAGGACCAUGUAACCAUGACAACCAGUCCCCCCACCCCCGGGACGCCGACCCAGGCGGCCUCCUCCCCCAUCCUCAUCCCGGUCCAGCGGUUCCGCUCCAGCCGCGGGUCGGACUCGGGCGUGUCGGUGGGCAGCUUCUCCCCGCGGCACUGCCACGUCUGCAACUCCCCGCGGGCCUACAGUCCGACCGUGUUCGUGUUCCCGUCCCCGUCAGCGCGGUGUCGUGCCUACAGCCCGUCCCGCACGCAGGGAACGCAGACGCCGUCCCCGCUCUGCCAGGUCUUCACUGAGGCUCUGCAGAUCAGCGAGGAGGGCGCCACGGGAGGGGGCGAAGUCUGCCGUCGCACCAGGAACAUCAGACGUGUGCAGAGUUCGGUUGCUUUCCGGACGCGGUACCACUCCGAGUCGGACACCGCCGCUAGCCCCACGGGCCCGCCCAGCCAGGACCAGAUGGCGUCCGACCCGUUACCGGACCUGCUGCAGUUCCGCGCCCGUUCCCGCUCCGAGCCCGUCCGUGUCAGCCCCGAGGAGCUGGUGGCGCGGGAGCUACGGCGCAUCAGCGACGAGUUCGACUCCCUCGUCUUCAGUCCGACCCAGCGGCGCCCGAACGGCAACGACCGCCCGGCGUCCUUCGGCGGCCGUGACCUCCAGGAACGCGAGCAGGGCCAGGAUUGGUGGAGCUACAUGAUGGCCGUGUUCCGGUCCAAGUCUGCAGAUAACGUCGUGCGUCCGGACCAGCCACCAAAGCGUGAAGAUGACCGGGACCGCGGGAAUGACGGGAGUACGCCCGCGUAGAUUGGUGGUCGGGCCGCCAUGACAGACGGAGCCACACGAAGAUGUUUCUGCACUCACCACUGGGUAGGGUCCACUGACGAGGGGCCCACUCGGCCCCUGUAGUUCCUCCGUACUUCUCCGAUCGGCCAAACACAAACUCCUCUACCUCACCUCGGCUACCGCGUCCUGCUCAGACUGUGGCAAACAAGAAUAUGUUGAGAGACGCUCCCAUCUUAGGUCUGAGCUAAGCUGCAAAAAAACAAAAAGCAAACCGUGACAAACAAACAUACCAAAGACAGCGUCCAAAGCAUAGUGGACGGAAGAAGGUCGGUUUUGACGUUCCAUUUGUAGAAGUGACCAAAUGUAGUGGUAAGGAAACGAUGUCUGUGUUCCCGUGUCAUGUUUGAAACUGUGAGUAGACGAUAUAACGCCAGUCGGACUCCUGUCCUGUACAGUGCCUGUCGUAAGCAUUCGAGGUGAAAUGUGAAUAUCACAGCCCAGAGCGCUGCUCUGAGGCUUGCGCCUGUUGCAAACUAACUUGCCUUGCAGAAUAUUGAAGGACAAAAUUCCUUAGAAGAAAAUGUCAGAAAAGUGGAGGGAGUUUGGACAUUGUACAGAGAGAUACGUAAUGAUUUAAGAGUUUACAGUGAAGCAAGCGAGAGCGCUUGUUGCCAGUUUGUUGGAGCGGAGCUGUACAUAGCAACUUUGCCUUCGCUCCUAUUUAUGAACUAGCUGUGUAGAAAACGGGACAUUUUGCACUAGCUGGUCUACUGCAAAUUGAUUGUUGAUUGUCCUCUUAUAUUAUCCUUGUACAGAAUUUAUUUCCCGCUGUUGCAUUGAUCGAUGGAGCCUUUACGAAGGCGAGUUAUUUUGUGAUGAAGUGUCAAACUUCUCACUUUCAACAAGCUUUUCAGUGCAAUUCAAGUUAAUUUAUCACAAUGUUAUGUAGUCACAGAGAAGUCCUCAGAAACCCUACUUUGUGUCUUUAUGUUGCUUCUCUUAGAGUUUAUUUUUGUCUUUAAUUUAAGAGUUAGGCAUUUAAUUUAUUUUCUUUUUCUUCUGUAAAGAAAUUGUCUCUCGUAGCAUCCGAUGUACAGAGUAUGACACAGAAGCCUCAGACGGAGCGAUUUGUUCAUGUUGGGCUCUGCUUUUCAGCACUUUUCUACACUUCACAUGUUGAGAGUUGAAGCUAGAUGACGAAAUGUAAAUGUAAAUAAUACCAGAUGCUUGAUUUUUCUACUUGAACUUUUCUACCCGCUCUUUGCCUUUUGGGACGUUUUACAGAAAAGAUAUUGAUACGAGAGAAAUAUUUUCGGUGGUGCUGACCGAGGUUUGAGCAUGGUGCUGUCGGGUCACACCAGGUCUAUCUGUUGGGUCUCUGACAUUUUGAAAUACAAAUUU